CAAACCAUAAGUAAAAGUAUUUUGCCCGCACGAACCAACAUACAAACGAAUAUGGCUCAAAUCAAGUUUGAAGGUGAUAUCACCAAUAUAAACGAACGACAACUGGAGUUCGUCAAUGAAGUGAUUGCAAAACAAAAUUUACAAGUCGAAAAAGUGAUAUUUAAUCGGAUGGGAAAAGCUGGUGACAAUUUCAUAUCUGACGUAAAAAGAAUUGUCGUAGAAGCUAAAGAUGGAAACCUGACGAUGAUCAUUAAAACAGCUCCAGCUAUGGAAGUUCUUCGUUCGUCAUUAAACACUGACUUAAUGUUCAAAAAUGAGCAUGUUAUGUAUACGGAGGUGUUACCCAAGCUAUUGGCGCUGCAGAAAGAAGCAGGAGUACCAGAAGCAGAACAUCUGAGAUUUGCAAAAUGCUACGGAUCUCUAGACGAAGCACCAAAUGAAGUCAUACUUUUGGAAGACUUAAAUGAAUCAGAUUUUAAGAUGUUGAACAAGUUUGAUCCUCUGCCAGAAAAUUGUUUACGUAGCAUCCUAAAAAAUUUUGCAAUACUUCAUUCUCUUGCGUUCGUAUUGAAAAAUAAAGAACCAGAAACUUAUGAUCUCUUCAAGAAUAAAUUGAAAAAUACUUGGGAACCCAAAUAUAAAGAUCCAGAUUUUGACCUUCAAUUCAAAAUGUUUAAUAAAGUGAACUCACAGUUACUGGACGACGACCGUCAAAAAGAGAUUUUGAAAAAUAUGCUGACAGAUGUAUGUAAAGAAAUAGAAAAUUUAUUAAAGGACAAAGAUAACAAAUAUUCCGUUAUUCAACAAGGCGAUGCUUGGACGAACAAUUUUAUGUUCAAGUUUGAGGAGGGCGAGUUACGUGAAUCAGUCAUGAUUGACUAUCAAGCUUCAGCAAGUAUUAGUCCAGCUUCCGAUCUUCUUUUCAUGCUCUUCAAUUGUACUGAACACGAGACCAGGUCUAAGAAUUUCGUUGCCUGGAUAGACUAUUACCACUUGGAAUUGGACAAAUCUUUGUCAUAUUUUGAUCUAAAAGCUGAUGACAUCUACCCAAGAGAUCAGCUGGAUGCUGAUUUGAAGAGAUAUGGCAAAAUAUCUUUUGCUAUAAUUAUUCUUUUCACUAAUAUUUUAAUGAGGGAUUCAAGUGAAGCUGGAAAUUUACUAGAAGCUUUACAGAAUGGGGGCAUAAAAGAAGCAAUGGAAGAAAUGAGUAAACGGAAAAUGAACAAAGAAACCGCAGAACGAGCCAGGCAUAGGAUUGUGGGUCUAAUUGAUUCUUACAUACAAUUUGGUUUACUUUCACAUUUAAUAAUGGCUCGAUACAAGUUUGAAGGUGAUUUUGAAAAUAUAACUGAAACACAAUUAAAUUUUAUUAAUAAAGUGGUACAAGAACAGAAUUUGGAUGUCGAUAAAGUCGUGUUUCUUACUGUUGGAAAGCCUGGUGAUAAUUUUGGAUCAAAUGUGAAAAGAAUUAGUAUAGAAGGUAAGAAAGGAACCUUGAAAAUGAUUGUCAAAAUAGCACCGAUAGAUGAAGUUCAACGGCAGAUGACCUUAACUGAAAUUCUAUUUAAAAAUGAACAUUUCAUGUAUAUGAAUGUGCUACCAAAGUUUUUGUCUCUACAACGACAUGCAUUUGACCUGCAAACACCAGAGGAAGACUUCUUACAAUUUGCAAGAUGUUAUGGAUCUUUCACUGAAGCACCUAAUGAGGUCAUAAUUUUGGAAGACUUAUGCGAGUCGAAAUACGUAAUGAUGGACAAGUUUAAUUCACUGACUUCUGAAUGUAUGCAGAGUGUCCUAAAGUCCUUAGCAGUUUUUCAUACUCUUUCUUAUGCAUUGAAGCAGCAAGAACCAGAAACAUUUGCGUAUUACAAAAAUGAAUUAGUAGAUGUGUGGGAUCUAAUGGCUCACAACCCAGAAUUCAAAAUGCAUACUGAAACCUUUAUAGGAGUAGUCCAGGCAAUAUUGGAUGGCGAUGAUAAUAAAAAACUAGUGAAAGAUAAACUAUCUGAUAUAGUUCAGCUAAUAAUGAAAUUAGCUAAAUGGGAACAGAAUAAUAAACAUUCUGUAAUUCUUCAAGGUGAUUCGUGGACAAACAAUAUCAUGUUCAAAAUUCAGGACGACAACGUACAGACGAUCAUGAUCGAUUUCCAAGGAUCAGCCAACAGUAACCCAAUGGUGGACGUCCUCUACGCAAUCUUCAACUGCAGCGAUCGGAAUACCAGAGCACGUCACUACUACGAGUGGUUAGAUUACUACUACUCAGAGUUAGACAAAUCUUUAUCAAACUUUGGUUUAAAAUCCAAUUACAUUUAUCCAAGAGACCAAAUGGAUGCGGAUAUGAAGAGAUACGGAAAACUUAUAUUUGGAAUGUCAAUAAUGUUAGCUAAUGUUCUAAUGAGGGAUACGAAUGAGGCAUUAGAACUGAUGGAAGCAAUGAAUACUACAGCUGAUAUGAAUGAACUAAUGGAGUCUAUGGGAAACCAAACAUUGAACAAUGGAACUAUAGUUCGCGUUAGGAGAAAAGUAGAAGAACUUAUUGAUUGUUUUACUCAUUAUGGAUUAAUUUGAACUGGAUACCAAAUCUAUGGCCAUCCUAAUAAAAUAACAAAAAAAUUAAGCAUGAA